CUGAGCUCGUCGCUCGGGCAACAGCGUCCUGGAGACCCAAAUGGGCUGGGCCUCUGAGGCCCAGCGGCAAGGGUCCGCGCGCGGGUGUAGACCGAGCGAGACUGGGACUUUGAGCCGGGCCCGGAGCUCUCUGAGGCAGUGUCCAGGCUGGGAUUCUCACAGCGAGCAGCACCUGGAAGACGGAACCAGCUCCUCGAAGAUCGCUAAUACCCAGAUGCGUGCCCAGCCCAGGGAGCUGGCGUCCACAAGGCAGUUGCUUUAGUACAGCUUCUCCGGUGUGCAUCCAGAGUGGUCGCUGAAGGGUUUAGGUGCUGGGAAUCUCCGAAUUUUCUCCAAAUCCCGAAAUAUUUUAUUGUGAAGAAAAAUGAAAAGAAAUAGCAACAAAGAAAACAGUACCAAGUCGGGCAGCACCAAAGCACGGACUUUAAUGAACAAAAUGAUGACUGUACCAGAUUGGCACACUUUGUACGUGCCCACCCGGAAAGCCCAGUGUUCGAGACCCCAUUCCUCCCCAUCUAGCGUCUGUCCGAAGAACAGUGUCCAGAGUAUGCUCAGACCUUCCUCUUCACCCUCAGCUGCUGAAAAUCCGGUGCUGUCCUUCUUAGACAUUAAGCGGAUUUUAUUUCAAAAAAUCAACGACAGAAAGGAUGAGUUGAGGAAAGCCUUCCAGCUGCUGGACGCUGGCCGGAGCCUGACGGUGACGAAGGGCGAGCUGAAGAGAGUCAUCGGCACCUUCCUGCUCCCGCUCACCCGGGAGCAGUUCCAGGACCUGCUGGCCCAGAUCCCUCUCACCGGCUCCGGCAAUGUGCCCUACCUUGAGUUCCUGUCUAAGUUUGGCGGAAGUGAUCUAAACAUAAAUGUUAUAAAGAGGGGAGGAGGGCAUGAAAUGGACAGCUGCCGGACCCUGAAAGAACUUGAGAUCCAAAUUGGAGAAAAGGUUUUCAGAAACCCGAAAGCAGUCAUCAAAGCCUUCCGGCUCCUGGACGUCAGCAGCACGGGCCGGGUGCAGCCGCAGCAGCUGAGGCGGGUGCUGGAGACCUUCUGCCUGCAGAUGACGGAGGAGGAAUACCAGAAGUUCUCAAAACACUACGGCAUUGAUAAAGACACUGCAGUGGAUUAUGGUGUGUUUUUGAAGAACCUCAGCAAAAGUAAUGACGUGCAUCUUAGAUACUUUAUGGGAAACCAAGAGGUCUCACCAGAGAAUCCACAAGCCAGAACUCUCAAGAGAGAACACUGGCUCAGCUCCACACCAUCCGAAGAGAGCUGGGGCGGCUACUCCCUGGAUGACAUUGAGAAGGCCUUCUGCCGAGAGUUUUCAAAGUCCAUUGAUAAGAUUGAGAAAGCCCUCAGUGCCGGGGACCCCUCCCGAGGUGGCUAUGUCUCCUUGAAUUACCUCAAGGUCGUCCUGGACACCUUCGUGUGCCGGCUGCCGAGGAGGCUCUUCCUCCAGUUAAUGAAAAGAUUUGGAUUUAAAACCACCGCUAGAAUCAAUUGGAAGCAAUUUUUAACAUCAUAUUAUGAGCUUCAGGGCUUGGAAGCUAGCAAUACCGUUCCCCCCCUAAAGAGAGAUAGCACCCACUCCCGAAGCCGAUCUCGGAGGGAGAAUGCCGUCACAAAGCUGCUCAGACGCGCCGAGGCCAGCUCCGAGCCCCUGAGGAAAGCCUUGCUGAUGAGCAGCUCCACCAAACCCGGCGGACGGAUGACAGGGGACGAACUGAGACAGAUCCUAAGUGCCACGCUGGUGAAAGUCAGUGACUCAGAAUUCAGAGAGCUCAUGAGGACGCUGGACCCCGAGGCCACCGGAGUGGUCACAGCCGGCUCCUUUCUUGACCUGCUGGAAGCCAGCCCCAAGACGAGGAAAACGUCUCCCUGUACAGGCGCUAAGACGCCGCUUCCCUUGGCAUGGGUUUCUGUGGAAGCAAUGGUUCACGACGCGAUUGCUAAGAAUCUGCAGGCUUUCUGUAACAUGCUGCAGUCCUACGACCUCAGGGACACGGGGCUCAUGGCGCAGAGUAACUUCAAGGCCGUCAUGCGCGUAUUCUGCCCAUUUUUAACGCACGAGCACUUGAAAAAACUCUGCUAUAAGUUUCAAGAUCCGACCUCAGAAAAGAUCCUUUACAAGAAGCUUUUGGCCUGCAUUCGAGUCAGCGGCUCCCCCACGGUCUCUCCAAAGGAUCAGCCAUGCGGACAUUUUCAAAAAGAAGAGGGACAGUUCUCCGGGAGAACCAAGCCCACCAGGGACAGGACCCCCACAAUCAAGAACAUGACCCGAGAUGAAGCCAUUGAAAACCUCAAAAGCCGCAUCAAGCGGCAGGACCCAGUGUUCAGGAAGCGAUUUCUGGAGGUCAGCGGGGGCCUGCUUGGGAAGAUCGGCCUGCGGGACUUCAAGAAGGUGCUGGAAGACAGCGGGAUGCCCAUGGAUGAGGUGCAGUAUUCGCUGCUGGCUACAAAAAUCGGCUUUAGGAAGGAGGGAAUGAGCUACCUGGAUUUCGCAGUGGGCUUCGAAGACGCGGGCGGGCCGGCUGUGACGCCACCCCACACUCCGGCUGCUUCAAAGAGCUCCUUGAUCGGCCACUUCGUAACGGCUGAAGAAUGCCUGAAACUCUUCCCCAAGAGACUGAGGGAGUCCUUCCGGGACCCCUACUCUGCCUUCUUUAAGAUAGACACUGACAGGGACGGCAUAAUCAGCAUGCGUGAUCUUCACAGAUUGCUGCAGCAGCUGCUCUUCAACCUGAAGGACGAGGAGUUCGAGCGCCUCCUUGGCCUCCUCGGCUUGAGACUUAGCGUCACCUUAAACUUCCGGGAGUUUCAGAGCCUGUGUGAGAAGGGGCCCUCCCCCAUGGAUGAGGCACCCCAGAGACUCCUUAGACCCAAACAGAAAGUAGCAGAUUCAGAACUAGCCUGCGAGCAGGCUCAUCAGUAUCUUGUCAUCAAAGCGAAAACCAGAUGGACAGAUUUGUCUAAGAAUUUUAUAGAGACCGACACUGAGGGCAACGGCAUUCUCCGACGGCGGGAUAUAAAGAACGCACUGUACGGCUUUGACAUUCCCCUCACACCAAGGGAAUUUGAGAAGCUUUGGCAAAGCUAUGACACCGAGGGAAGAGGGUACAUUACUUACCAGGAGUUUUUACAGAAACUGGGUAUUAACUACUCGCCAACAGUCCACCGGCCCUAUGCAGAAGACUACUUCAACUUCCUGGGCCACUUCACCAAGCCCCAGCAGGUGCAAGAGGAGAUCCAGGAGCUGCAGCAGAGCACAGAGAGGGCCAAGCCUGCCAGGAAUCUGCUGGUGGACCACGUCCAAGACAUCGGCAAAGCGCUCAGCACGCUGGACAAAUGCCAGCUGGGCUCUGUGUCCCUCCACAAGAUGCAGCAGGUGCUGCAGGAGUGCGGCUGUCCCCUGCAGGAGGAGGAGCUGGCUGCCCUGCUGAACAGCUUGGGAAUCAUCUGCCAUGAUAAUACCAUCAACUACCUUGACUUCCUGAGAGCACUGGAGAGCAGCAAGGCAGCUCGACCUCAGCGGGAGGAGAAGGAAGACGCUGUGCCAAUCAACUUCUCCACGCUGAACCCGGAGGAGGUGGUGAAGAGCGUCCAGGAAGUAGUCAGCACCUCCCAGCAGGCUUUGUCGCAGGCAUUUUCUGCGUUGGACAAAGAGGACACAGGGUUUGUAAAGGCUACAGAUUUCGGACAGGUCCUUAAGGAUUUCUGCCACAAGCUAACAGACAGCCAGUACCACUUGUUCCUGCGGAAGCUCAGGAUCCACCUGACGCCCUCCAUUCACUGGAAGUAUUUUCUCGAGACCUUCGGCUGCUUCCUAGAGGAGGCUGCCGAUGAGUGGGCCGAGAGGAUGCCCAGAGUCCCGCCACCCACGUCUCCCCGAGAAGCAGCCAUUGCAGAGCUGUUGGCCCGCCUCCAGAAAGCUGUGACCACCCACCACUAUGCCUUCGCCCAGGAGUUCAAGAACUUCGACACCAACAAAAGCAACACGGUCUCCAGAGAUGAGUUCAGGGCCGUCUGCACCCACCACCUGCAAAUCCUGACGGACAAGCAGUUUGACAGGCUGUGGGGCGAGAUGCCAGUGACCGCCAGGGGCAGGCUGAAGUACCAGGAAUUCCUGAGCAGGUUCGGCGUGGAGCAGGUGGCCUCGCCGCCGGCCACGGGGGACUCGGUGCAGGCCCAGAAGGGCAGCAGUGUCCCCCAGGUCUCCAACAGAACCCAAUCUGCCAUCUCCUCACCCACGCGUGACCUGAGGGCCGAGUUGAAGUCACGGAGUCACCCCUGUACCCCGGCAGGUGACCUGCCGCUGCAGAACUGCGAGCCGGUGGAGAGCCGGCUCCGGAAGCAGGUCCAGGGCUGCUGGCGGGCGCUGCUGAAGGACUGCAAGGAGAAGGACCUGGCGAGGCUGGGCACCAUCGCCGCGCCCGACUUCCUGGCUCUGGUGCAGCAGUUCCGCCUGGACCUGAGCAAGGAGGAGAGCCAGCAGCUGCUCACCAAGUACGACCUGAAGAACAACGGCACGUUCGCCUACUGCGACUUCAUCCAGAACUGCGUGCUCCUGCUCAGGGCCACGGAGACCUCGCUGAUGCGGCGCCUGAAGAUCCAGAACACUCACAAGAUGAAAGAGGCCGGGGCCGAGUCAUGCUCCUUCUACGCGGCUCUGCUGCGCAUCCAGCCCAAGAUCCUGCACUGCUGGAGACCCAUGCGGCGCAUGUUCAAAGCCUACGACCAGGGCGGGACGGGGAUCCUGAGCGCGGAUGACUUCAGGAAGGUGCUGAGGCAGUUCAGCAUCAACCUGUCGGAGGAGGAGUUCUUCCACCUGCUUGAGUACUACGACAAGACCCUGUCCUCCAAGGUCUCCUACAACGACUUCCUGCGGGCCUUCCUGCAGUAGGCAUGGCACGCGCGCCCAGAAACAGGCCAGGCCACGUCUGUCUCUGCCACCGACAGAGUCACAGAACCGAGGGGCCUCGAGUGUCCCAGCGUGGCUGCAGAUGCGGACGCUGGCCUACAAGGCUGGACUCCCCUCACCACUGCCACAGGGUGGCCCUGCUGGGCCUCCGCAGCCUCGUCAGUUUGAGCAAAUAAAAUGUGUUUGGCAGGGAUGAGCCUUGACACCUUGAAAGAACCACUAAUGAUAAAAUACUUAAGAGCUUGGA